UCUGGUCGCUGGCGGCUGCCUGGCAUCGAUCGAUCCUCGUCCCCAUCGGCCAUCCAAGCAGAUCCCCGCUCCAGCCAACGGCCAAGCACCACCACCACCACCACCACCACCACCACCGCUCCCACGACUUGCGCCAGUCCGCCAUAAGCAGCACCAUGUCUCCAAAGAAGCGAUCAAGGACAGAUGAGUCGAGAGAGCCCGAGCCUGCCGAGCAGACACCCAGCACAUCGUCAACAGCAGCCUCUGCGGACGAGCCCUCUGUCUCGGCCCAAGACAAAAUGAAAGCAAGACUCGAGAAGCUCAAGCAGCUGAGAGGCCAGCGGCAAGAGUCGCUGGAGAAGAACCGAUUAGAGGUCCACGCCGAAUAUGCCCGGUCCAAAGACAACCCCAAAGAAGCCAUCAAACUCGAGAGAAAACGAGAGGAGGCGCUGAAGCUGAAACAGAAGCUGGAAGCCGAGCAAAGUGGAGAAGACUACGAAAGGAUGCGCUCGAUGAACUAUUCGGCUGAGGAUGUCGAGCAGUGGGAAGAGAAGCAGAGGCUCAAGGAUGAGAGAGUCGAUGUUGGAUUCACAGACUAUCACCAGAUCGCGGCGAAAAAGUACAACAAAAUGAUCUCUGAGCUCAAGCCCAAUCUCCAGCUCUACAACGAGAAGAAGGCAUCGUCCUCCCAAGCGGCGGAGGACGGAGAAGACGGCUUCUUCAGAGAUGCUAACUCUCUGGCAUAUGCCUCGGCCGAUUCCAAGCCAACACCCGAGGCUGUCGACCGCCUCGUUCGCGAUGUCAAGAAGCAGGAGGAAAAGCGUGCCAAGUUCUCACGAAGACGGGCGUUUGAUGAGGACGACGAUGUCACCUACAUCAACGAGCGCAACAAGCGGUUCAACGAGAAGAUCUCGCGGGCCUACGACAAGUACACCGCCGAGAUCAAGGGCAACUUCGAAAGAGGCACUGCUUUGUAGACUGGCCCGGAUGCAUGACGCAAGCGCCUGUGCCUGUGCCUGUGCCGAUAGAGCGAUGGUGCAGCUCGGGCGGCUGCGGCAUAUCCAUCCAAAGCCACCUGCCAUCCCGAACGACAGACACGAGCCUGCCGCGGCUCGCCCAGGCAACUCUGCGCUCCCUGAUCCCUGCACAGUGGCAAGC